UUGCGUUUAGUGGCUGGCUGACUUCAGAUGAUCUCUGACUAUCUUUGUGCUAAGUACGGGGUACGGAUUUUGGAUAGAUUUUUCUCGUGCAUGCUCUUGUAUGCAAGUUUUGGUGGAAGAAUAUUUGAAGAGAUCAACAAAACAUUAAGCCUACGAAUGAACCGGCAAUAGUUAUCGACGAAGGUACACAAUGAAGAUGAUAUCAGUUGAUCAAGAGCGUAGAAUGAUCUAUCGCUACGGUGAUCACAACACGGUGUACAACAGUGGAAAAUCUGAAUUUUCAUUAGCCUCACCGGAAGAUAAUAACAUUGAAUACUCGAGGAAAGGUGGUUGUUUUGUGUCCAUAUGCCGAGGAAUCAGUAUUGCUGUUUUGAUUUUUGUGUUUAUCUUCUUUUUGUCUUUUACCAUAUUUUUUAGCACAAAGUACGCAUAUGAGCAUAAACCAAACAUAACACUGGAAGAUUUUCUCAACCAUCGUGCAUACCUGAUAGAUAAGCGAUCGCGAAUACCGAAGCAUGUCAUUCCGAAGCAUUACCGGUUAUUUAUUCAACCUACAUUUAACGAAACGAGCAAACCGUACACAUACAAAGGGAUAGUGUGGAUAACUGUGACGUCCAAAAAACACAACAACAAAAGAAUAGAGUUGAACGUUAAAAAUCUGAAAAUAAGUUUUGAAGAUGUCACGGUACUGAAAAGCAUUCGACUAACGAAUCUUGAUUUCGAUGAAGACCUGGAUUGGGAUUUGAGCGAAGAGGACAUCCUGCCGCGCAUUAGAACGAAACGAAAUGCUGAUAACAACAACAGUAGGAAACACAGAGCAGCUGAUGAAGAAAAUGCUUUCACUACUGAAAAAGUGCUUUAUGAUGACGAAAAUAACGCGGGAGAAAUAUUUGAACCAAGCAUCGACAAUUCAUCGACCGCGGAGCAAGCCACAUACUUCCACCCGGUGUUCCCUUCGGAUGAUUUUGUGACAAUUAAAAUCCUAGAUUUGGAGUUCGACGAAUCGAACGAAAAGAUGAUCAUCUAUUUGGGAACGGAAAUGAAGAAGGAUAUUUACUACAUAGUGAAGGUGAAUUUUACCGGUGUUAUGACAAAUGAUAAGGGUUUAUAUUCCACGCACUACAAAGAUGGGGAAGGAAACCACAGGUUUAUGGCCGUCACAUUGUUGGAACCGAAUAACGCCCGGAAGCUUUAUCCCUGUAUGGAUGAUCAUAAUUUUCGUUCACCAUUUGAAAUAAAUAUUGCUAGAAGAAUUAAUAUGAAAACUGCAUCCAGCAUGAACUUGGAAAUGUCAGAGCCGAUGGACAAUCCAGAAUUUGUGGUGGACACGUACAACACUACCGGCAUGGUUCGAGCAUCGGAAAUAGGAUUCAUCGUCACCGACAUGUCCCCCGAGCGGUACGAAUUGACUCCAAAGGUGCAUCUCCUUGCGUACACCAGAAAUAAGUACGACAAUUAUAUGAGAGAAAAAAUAAUUUCCAUUUGUGAUGAUGUUAUUAACUUUUACGAAAACUACAUGAGAUUGAACUUUCCCUAUCAGACCAUUACGUAUGUUACGAUUCCCAACACGGACGAAAACGUACGGGAAAUUAAAGAGGGAAUGAUAUUAUCCAGUGAAAAACGAUUGAUCAAUGAUUUAUCCUAUUUUCCAACAUCGGAGGAAACGCUGCUUCGAAUAGUUUGCAACGAACUGAUAAAGCUUUGGAUUCACAAUUUAGCUGACUAUAAAAAUAAGGAAGUUUAUUGGCUGCACGAAUCAAUUCCGUUGUACUUGGAAGCACUUGCCGUGCGAAACUUGACUAGUAAUCCCUACAGCGUUGAUGAUUUCCUGCUGGAAGGAAAAUUCCGCGCAAUGCAGGAGGAAAUUAAUACCAAAACUUCCCCUUUGAACAUCAUUACAAACCACUGGGAAGAGGACGCCCAAUUUGAGCUGGUUCGGUUUAAAGGCCUCAGUCUGCUGUGCAUGAUGAACUACACGCUUGGAGAAGAAACUUUCAACUCCUUUUUACGGGAGUAUUUCAUCCAACGAAUGAACAAUGAAUCGAUUGACAUCAUAGAAAUUUUAAAUAACAAUAACCGUCACACCGAUGGUACCUUUAAUAACUUUCUGCACAGUUGGACAACGUUCGAAAAGUAUCCGAUCGUAAAUAUUAGACGCAACAAUAACAGCGGCAGCUUUGAGUUGUACCAGAAAAUGAUCCCCUUUGAGGAGGAAAUUAGCGAGCAAAUUUGGACAAUACCGGUAACAUUUAUCAACGACACAAACAAGCAGUUGUUUUCGGAGAAAGUUCGUUGGUUGACCGAUUCGGAUGAUAUGCUAAAAAUUGAGACAAGUUGUGAAGUUAAAACCAACAACACGUGGGUUAUUGUUAAUCCAAGUGGAAUAGGAUACUAUCGAGUAAACUACGAAUUGUCCCACUGGAUGAAACUGGCUCACGUUUUAAAUAAGAAUUUUAAAUCACUUCCCUACAGCACACUGACAAUGAUCGUUGAUGAUGCUCUGAAUCUGGCCAGGCUCGGCCUGCUGGACUAUUCAGCAGCUUUUAAUGUUAUAUCGUUUCUCAAAAAGAAUGACGAAUUGUAUCAGCCAUGGAAAAAUGCACUGGAGAAUCUGCGAUUUCUCUACGAUGCAUUGGAAGACCACCCAAAUUACAUCUAUGUUGAGGAAUUUGUGGAUUACCUGAUAGUCCAAAAAUAUGAGAACAACAACACAAACUCUUCACAAAAUCCUAUGAUAGCAUCUCUGCUGACGGAAUGGGCCUGCCGAAUUGGGGUCGCAUCCUGCAUAGAAGCUCAGAAGCGUCUGUUCAACGAUGUUUUCGUAAUCGAAACUCUAUCCCCGUUUAAGUUGGCGGAAAAUGAUCUCUUCCUUUCCGCUUGUACCGUCAUCCGGUACAGUGGCAUCAAUGAGUGGAAUCUCAUCCGGAAAACGUUUUUAAGUUCCGAAGAUCUUAACCUGCAGAAAAUCUUGGUGAAAGCCCUUGGCUGCACACGGGAAAUAAGUUUGAUUAAAAAAUAUCUAGGCCUAUUCAAGAACCCUAGCUUUAACAUGUACAAUUAUCAUAUUCUGCACUCCAUAAGUCAAAACAAGAUAGCACUGAAGUACACGUUGGAUUAUUUGUACAAUCAGUGGACGGACGUAAGGCAGUACCUUUCACUGCAGGACAUUUCCAUAUUACUAAGAAAAAUUGCCACCGAAAAUGAAUUCACCAUGUACGAACAGAUAUUUUUCAAAUAUUCCUACACAUUUCAAACCAUGGACAAAGAAAUUCUGAAACGUGUACGGGACACGAUAAUGAAACUUCUCCGGUGGAAACGAGAGAUAGGGCCGAAAAUUUACUAUGAAAAGUUCAUUGAAGAUUAACAACAGAAACACAUUUAACUACGUUCUAUUACGACACCAUAUCACCAAAUGAAAAUUACAACAUGUAUUGUUACAACCUUGUUACGAAUUUAUUUCUGUUAUUGACACACAAAUAGUUUCA